UUUGGUGUGGAAAAGGCAGUGCCCAUGGCCUUCGCACUCCAUCUGUGACCUGUGAGAUUACAUGCGUAUUAUGAAGACACUUCUUUAGUGCGGAAUCAUUUCUUCAGUAUAUGUGUUUCUGCAUGUAAACAAGAGUAUUGACAUAAAACUGACAAUUUUUGUUUAGCCCUGGUCAGACUCUGAUUAAAGGCUUUCUAGUCGUGACCAACCGUUUUUAGAGAUAUCUAGGAAUAUAUUGCCUAAUGAAACCUUCUCGUAUUUUACAGAACGGUGGGUCAGGUUAUUCGAGGGAAAUGUAGCUGCUAUUUUUAGCAAGUCGGGAGACCUCAUAAAUACUGCUCCUAGUGACAGUAGUAACCUCUCUCGAACCACAGCAACACGUCGGCUUGCAGUAACAACUCUCCCUCACUUUCAUUAAUGCCUUUCCCCUAUCUCUCUUUUUCCUCUCCUUCUCUCACCCAGUCACUACUAAUACGCAACGUCUAGAUGCAACGAUGGAAGUAAGAAAAGUGGGCGAGGAUGACGACAAUGGAAUCGGUAAACUGUUGGACUAGAGGAAUUUAAAGAGUGAGAAAAACGUCUACAAGGAAACUGUAACAUUCCUUUCACACACUUUAUCAAGCAUCCACCUCAGCUUGCAGUUUCUCUCUUCUCUCACUCACUUUCUCUGUCUGUCUCUCCAUGACAAUGCUGUCUGGUGUAGAAGAUGAUGGUUCUAAUUACCUCGACAUUACAGAAACGGAAUCUCAACUCAGGGGCCUCCUUAAAGCUGAAGAUGGAAUUUCUGCACCAAGAACAAAUGAAGAAUAUGAAAUGACAGAUGAUUCUGUGAUAUCAAAGGCCAGUGCUAAGACAUCUUCACCAUUCUGCAGGAAACUGUUUUUAUUUUUCACUGCUAGUACAGCAGCCUUGGGAGGUAUAUUAUUUGGCUAUGACAUAGGAGUAAUAUCUGGGGCAUUGCUACAGUUAAGAAGAGAUUUCCAGCUGUCAUGUGACCAGCAAUCUAUUGUGGUCAGUUUCCUGUUGCUAGGAGCAAUUAUUGGUGCCUUAGUAUCAGGUUUCCUUGUUGACUUAUUAGGAAGAUGGAUUACCAUUGUUUUAAAUGGUUUCUUCUUCAUCCUGGGCUCCCUGACUAUUGCCCUUGCUCAAUCAUUUACUAUUUUGGUCAUUGGCCGUUUGGUUCUAGGAUUUGCCAUAUCAGUUUCUUCUGUAGCAGAAUGUGUAUAUAUCUCGGAGAUAUCACCUGCAAAAAGAAGAGGCCAACUAGUAUCUCUCAACGAAUUUGGAAUAACAAUUGGCUUAGUUUUAUCAUAUUUAAUUAAUUUUUUAUACAUCAAUGUCGCACAUGGAUGGAGAUACAUGUUUGGUCUGUCAUCGGUUCUUGCUGUUUUGCAAAUCUUGAUGAUGCUUUUUCUACCUCAAAGUCCCAGAUAUUUGGUAUUAAAAGGGAAAGAAGCUCAGGCUGCUGCGGUUUUAAGACGGUUUCACAGUGAGGCUGACAUGGAAGAAGAAAUAAACAAUAUCAAAACAACCAUAGAUCAAGAGAAGAUGUCCAGCUGGAAAGACCUGUUCAGGUCAACAGGAAACUUAAGGAAAUUGUUCUUUUUAGGAUUUGGCUUGGUUACUUUUCAGCAGUUUACUGGCCAGCCCAACAUGCUGUAUUAUGCACCAAUUGUGUUCCGAGUGGUUGGCUUCCCGUCCGAUUCUGCAGCAAUACUGGCUACCCUUGGUCUUGGAACUGUCAAGGUUUCCGUAGCAAUUGUUGCCCUGCUUUGUGUUGACCACUGGGGCCGAAGAAUUUUACUCAUGAUUGGUGUUGGCACAAUGACUAUUAGUUUAAUUAUACUGAGCAUUGGCUCGAGACUGCAGAACAAUCUGUCUAGCUUCGAGGUGUGUCGGAAUUGGCAUGAUGACAAAAUUGCACACGAUUUUCCACCCUUCAACUCUGACUUUAAUUCUUCAAGCAAUGGAAGUUUCAUCCAUUACACAAUGAAAAAAAGAGAAUUGAUACCAUCUUCGGUGUCACAUAUUGUCACUUCUGUAAAAUUCCUCUGUGAUACAAGCAUAACCCGCAAGAAACGAAAUGAGAAUUCUUCUCCCUACAACAACAUCAGCAUCAUUAUGAACCAAAGUCUAAAUCAUGCUGGCUUCUAUAAUCAAACCAUUUUCAAGAAUACCAGCCGAGACAAAGAAGAACCUACAGAAUCUCAGAGUGUGCACAUCAUACAUGUGAUGACAUUGUUAGCUCUGAUGGCUUAUGUUGGAGCUUAUGGCAUUAGUUUUGGACCAAUCAGCUGGAUCCUGCUAAGUGAGAUAUACCCUCCAUCCAUCCGAGGUCGGGCUGUUGGUGUUGUUAUCAUAAUCAACUGGACGGCCAACUUCAUUGUAUCAUCAUCGUUCCUUCAUGUAAUUCACCUCAUCACAUUGCCAUGGACAUUUCUCUUAUUCGCUGUUAUCUCAUCCAUUGCAUUUAUAUUUAUCUUCUACUGUGUCCCAGAGACCAAAAACAAAACCCUAGAGCAGAUUGCUCGUGAACUAUCAACGAUACGACCACCCAACAAACCUCAUCUGUGGCAGAGAUGCUGCUUCCGUUUCACCAGAUAUUGUCCAUCUGCUAGAUCCUACACAAGGGUAUCUGUUGACGAACAACAUAGUCCUACUCUUCGACCAAUGGACCGUGACAUUAUUUGAUUCAUUCAACGCUUUUGUCUUUCAACCAUAACAGCUAUAGUAUUUUAUUAAUAAAACAAACUGUAAGGAAUU